CACAGGCUCUGCUGCACACAGACACUUCAGCCACCAUGAAGACGGCAGGCGUGUUGCUGCUGUUUGCUCUAGUCCUUUGCUGCAUCCCAGAUAUCAAUGCACAGCAGGACUACUGCAGUGACUAUGCGGUACCCAGCCCUAUCUGUACUAUGGAGUAUGUCCCACACUGCGGGUCCGAUGGUGUAACAUAUAGCAAUAAAUGCUUAUUCUGCAACGCAUACCUGAGAAGCCGUCGGACUCUUCGCUUGAAAUAUCUUCAUGCGUGUUAACUUCUCGGCAGGCUUCAGCUCAGAAAGAGGAAUCCUCCUUAGCAACGUUCCCCAUGGCAGAUGCAUUCCUAAACCCUUGUCCUGAACCUUGAAACCUCUGCUUAAUAAAAAAAAAGCU